UUAUUGAAGCUGGGGUCACACGGUGGGAUUUGGGGUAAGAUUUGGAUAGCCAUCAACGCCAUCCAAACCAUCAAGCGAGCUCACAAGUCCUCCUCCACCACACCCGAUUACUCCCCCAUCCUUUCUCGCCUCCUCAAAUCCAACCUCCUCGCUACCCUACGUGAGCUCCUACGCCAAGACCACUGUGCCCUCGCUCUCCACACCUUCUUCGUCGUCCGAUCUGAAUACAACAAUCCAGACUUGUCCCUCUACGCCGACGUGGCCCCCGCUCUUGCGAGGAACAUAAUGGUGGAAGAUCUCAACCGUCUAAUCUGUGACUUGGAGACAGAUUGUGGUGGAGGUGGGAUCCAGUGUGACGAUAAGGGGUUCAUCGGGUUGAUCAAGGCGAUGAUUGAUGUUGAUAGGAGGGAAUCGACGGUCAGGAUUUACGAGAGUGUAGAGACGAUAUAG